AUGGACAAGAAAUUAGAUUACGCAUUCGAAUUCUCAGAAUACUAGAAGCAUAGACAAGCUUUUGUACCAGGCUGCCCCGACUCUCUUUCUGAUGCAGAAAAUAACAAAGUUUCCUUGACAAGAUCAUCGUAUCCUGUAAUGGAAGGUCUAAAGGAUCUCUUCCCAACCCUUCUUGAAAAAGAAAUGCCUUACCUCUAACUUAAGUUCGAUUAAGAAGGUGGUGAGCUUCUCAGAUCUGAAAAUCCUCUUAAAGUCGCAGUGGUCUUGAGUGGAGGUCAAGCUGCUGGAGGUCACAAUGUGAUCAUGGGAGUCUUCGAUAUGAUCAGAAAGAUUCAUCCAAAUUCUAGAUUAUUUGGUUUCUUAAUGGGUCCACAUGGAGUUUAUUCAAAUAAAUACAUUGAGAUUAAUUAAGAAUACAUGCAACUCUACAGAAAUAUGGGAGGAUUCGAUAUGAUAUGUAGUGGAAGACACAAGAUUGAGACACCUCAAUAAUUUGAAGCAUCUCUUAAGAACUGCACAGACUUAGAUUUAGAUGGUCUUGUAGUUAUUGGUGGAGAUGAUUCAAACACUAAUGCUUGUCUUUUAGCUGAGUAUUUCUUAAAGCAUAAUGCUAAAACUAAGGUAAUUGGCUGUCCUAAGACCAUUGACGGUGAUCUAAAAAAUGAACACAUCGAGGUCAGUUUUGGUUUUGACACUGCCACUAGAACAUACUCUGAAGCAAUUGGAAAUCUCUGUGUUGAUGCGAUGUCUGGUAAAGGUUACUACUACUUUGUAAGAUUAAUGGGAAGAUCUGCAUCUCAUAUUGCUCUUGAAUGCGCCUUGUAAACAAGGGCAAAUUGGGUCCUUAUAGGUGAAGAAGUUGAGUAGCAGAAAUAAACUCUUUCUUAAAUUACAAAGCAACUUGCGGACUUAAUUUGCAAGAGAAGUGAGUUAAAUAAGGAUUAUGGUGUCAUCUUGGUCCCAGAAGGACUUAUUGAAUUCAUACCUGAGGUUAAAAAGCUCAUUUCAGAGAUUAAUGAAAUAUUAUCAAAGCCAUUCCAUUAAGAUAUUAGAGAUUAUGUCUCUCACCAUUUGAGCUGGGAGUCAAGAGCAUUAUUCACAUUCCUUCCAAAAGCAAUCUCAGAUUAACUUCUUUUGGAUAGAGAUCCUCAUGGUAAUGUCCAAGUAUCUAAGAUUGAUACAGAGCGUCUCCUAAUUCUCUUACUUAGAGAUGAACUUGAAACAAGAACUCAAGAUGGCCUUUACAAAGGAUAGUUCUUCCCUUAAAGUCACUUCUUUGGAUAUGAGGGUAGAUGUGCUAUUCCAAGUAACUUUGAUGCCUAAUAUUGCUAUGCACUUGGUCUUAACGCUGCAGUUCUUAUUAGAGAAGGUGCCACUGGAUACAUGUCAUGCGUGAAAAAUCUUUAUGACAGAAACCCUAAGAAUUGGAUCGCAGCAGGAUGUCCUCUUCCAACUAUGAUGCAUUUAGAGAGAAGAAAGGGCAAGGAUGUGCCAGUUAUUAAGAAGGCUCUUGUUGAUUUAGAAGGACCAAACUAUCUUUCAUAUGUUGCUGUCAGAGAAAAAUGGGCUUACCUAGACUGUUUUAGAUCUCCAGGUCCAAUUUAAUUCGCAGGACCAUCCUCGGAUAUUGUUUGUUUCUUGGUUAAACCACCAGUUUUGGCUGAAUUAGUUGCUGAGACUGAUGAGCAUGAAAAGUUUGAGAACUCAAGAUCGUAAGCUUCCCUCUUCCAUAGACAUGAAACAAAUCUCAGUGAGCUUUCUCAAGCAAGAAUCGAAUAGGUAUCAGCGAUUCCAGAAAUCUUAACCAAGUAUUAAUAUUCACUAAGCGCUAUUAAGAAAUACAAGGCAUUUUCACAGCUUGUCAAAUCUAAGAUCGAAGAGCAGUUCCCUAAACUCAGAAAUGACUAUCAUGGAACAUACUUUGUCGAAGUACAAGAUAAAUAGACUCUCCUCCAAGAUGUUGAGCAUGUAAGAUUUGAAGAUUAAAGUGUUAAAACACUCAAUCAAGAAUUCUUAUCCUUAGAUUAAUCAAGACCUCUUAAGAUUGGUGUCAUAUAUCUAGGAAGACAUUCACCAGGUGGUAAUAAUGUUAUUGAUGGCCUAAUAAGAUUUGCUGAGCAAAGAGGAAAUGUUCAACUAAUAGGUUUUAUUCAUGGCCUAACAGGUUUAAUGAAUGACUAAACCAUUGAAAUAUCUGCAGAAACAUUUAAACCUUUCAGAAAUCUUGGUGGUUAUGACUAUCUUGGAAGAUCUCACGAUUAAUUGAGAACACCUGAUCAGUAAUAAAGAGCUGCUGAACUUUCAAAGAAAUAUGAUCUUUCUGGGCUAGUACUUGUUGGAGCUACUCACACUCUUACUGACGCUGGUUUCCUAUCUGAAUACUUCCUUGAAAAUGAAGUCAGUACAAGAGUGAUUGCAAUUCCAUCAACAGUCGAUGGCAAUAUCAGACAUUCUUAUAUUGCAACUUCUAUCGGCUUUGAUACAGCUUCAAAGGUCUACUCUCAACUCAUUGGAAACAUGCUUUCUGACAGUGCUUCAGCUAUCAAGUAUUGGUAUUUCAUUAGGCUAAUGGGCAGAGAUCCAUCUCAUUUAGCCCUUGAGUGUGCCAUUCAAACUCAUCCAAACAUGGUAAUUAUCUCUGAGGAAAGUGCUCACAGAGGAGAAACAUUGAUUGAUAUUGUAAACAGAAUUUGCGAUGUAAUUGUAGAAAGAGCUAAAUAAAACAAAAACUAUGGGUGUGUUCUUAUUCCAGAGGGUCUUCUUAAUCAUGUUGCCGCUUACAAGCAUUUGAUUGAUGAAAUCAACAAGAACUUCGCAGUUUGCAAAACUAGACAAGAGACUAAGGAACUAUCUUAGAGAUUCUAUGAGAAUGAUCAAUACGUUAAAGAAAAUUUAACACCAUGGUCGCAUUCUCUCUACACUACUUUACCUGAUUUCCUUAAAAAGCAAUUACUAUAUGAAAGAGAAAUUGAAGGGCUCACAAAGAUUUCUCAAAUUGAAACUGAGAAACUAAUGGCUUAUUUUGUAGAGUAAGAGCUCUAAAAGAGAAAAAAUAAAGGAGUUUACCAAGGUGGAUUUGCUCCAGUAACUCAUUAUUUCGGAUAUCAAGGUAGAUGCUCACACCCUACACUUUUCGAUUGCUCUCUUGGUUCAACUUAUGGUUUCACUGCUGGUGUACUAAUUGAUAAUGGACUAACUGGUUUGAGCGUUACUGCCUAACAAAUAACAUCACCUGCUAAAUAUUGGAGAGUUGGAGGAGUUCCCAUAUUAUCAAUGGUAAGAUCUUAGCCAAAAAGCGGUUUCUCAAGAGUUGACUUGGUAGUUCCUAGUGAAGAAGUAGACCUAAAUGGAGAAACAUAUCAAAGAAUGAAAGCUGUUGAGAGAGGCUGGAGAUAUAUUGAUCACUACAGCAAUCCAGGCCCAAUCUAGUUCUUUGACAAUGGAUGUGAGAGAAGAGAUUUUACUCUUGACUCUCUAUUCUAGCAUAGAACUAAAAUCACAGAUUAGAUUAAGGCACUAUGCCACUCUAUUCAAAAUGACUGCUUGUUUGUUGAACAUUAGCAUCUUUUGAUUGCAGCCUUGAGUUCUCUCGAGUCAGCUAAGAGUGUCAUCAAUUCAAUGACCUAGAAUGCCAGUCUUGGUGCCUAAAACUACGACUGA